UGUCUGUUCACAGUUCAUUCAUAAUAAUAGCAAAUUGGGGAUGCUCCUUUGAGUACCCAGCGUUGAAGGACCCCGUGGUCACACUGCGUGCGAGUGAAGACAUAAAACAUCCGUUGAUUUGAAAAGUGUCCACACUGUCAAUUUUCACGUAUACUUAGGCGUUACUGGACUCCACAAGGCCUGACGAUGACCCAAAGCCACAGGCUGCCCGUCUUCUCAACGUUACUUUUUGUCCUCAUAGUGGGACAAGUUCGUCAUGGGGACUGUUCCUGUUGCUCUGGCGUGUAUGGAGGGACGUCAGAGAAGUGCAAUGACUGGCCCACGCCCUUGUCCUUUGGCAUUUGCUGUCACGGGAAGGUCUACGACUGCGACAUUUUUUGCUGCAGCUGUAACACCCCCUGUCAGAUUUCUUAGUCUAUGCUAUCAACCUCGAUAGUUUUAAAGGUCGCAAGUGAUUGGGUGGUUACAAAUUGAAUUGUUCCCUUAAGAUCAUCUUUAUAAGUAUUUAGUUUAGAGGAUGAUUAUGGUGUAAUGCAAUCUAUUUUUUGUGUGCGUGAGGAAUAUCAAGGCUGUCCGUUCAUUUAAGCGGCGGUAGCAAAAAAUGCGAAUAAAACGAUACAUUAUCCUCGUUGAGCAGGUUUAACAAAAUAUGUACAAGUCGUAUGCAAUGUAGGUAGGUAUAUUAUGCAACUAAUGCAACUCGUCCAAUGCCAACGAGACCCAUGAUUCUCCGGCUAUGUGUUCAUGACUGUUUUAUAAUGGGUUGUUUGGAGUGGGGCAUCAAAUCCGAUAUCUAAAUACGUACAUAGGUGGUGAAUACUGGUGAAUGGUGAAUGGGUUGAGACUCUUAACAAAACAAACAUAGGCCAACAAAUAGUUAAAACACUGGCUACUUUUCCUUCUUCUCCUUAAAACCACAGCUGGAAUUUGGACCGUGAAACGUGCCAAAUCUGCUGCACGACACACGACAUACAGUAGUGAAGGAAGAUCAUAUCAUUUGUAAUCAGCAAGUAUCUUGCCAGCCUUACAUCUGUGCUUAGUUGACACAAAAAAUGUCACACAUUUUUAUAAGGCAACGAGGAAUUUCUAAAUUCGUGCGACAAAUAUUUCAAAGAAAUGUUCAAACAACGAGUUUUUUCUCCAAAGACGACCGAUUUUGCGUGGUUCCAUCAGCGCACAAUCUCGACCCCGUUGUGGGUGUCACCAUUCCAGAAUUCUUUUGGUCCAAUUUGCACAAAUGGGGAAAUGCCACUGCUUUCGAGUGCGGGGUUUCUGGGAGGAAGUAUACGCAUGACCAAGUUUACAAGCAAAGUCGAAGUUUUGCAGCCGCACUGAAGCAACACGGUUUAAAAGAGAACGAUGUCGUUGCGAUUUUACUGCCAAAUGUCCCUGAAUAUGCUGCAAUUUUAUUGGGAAUACUCGAAGCUGGGGUCACAGCGUCCCCCUUCAAUCCAACCUACACCGCUCAUGAAAUAGCCACACAGCUCAAUAAUUGCGAGGCCAAGGCAAUCGUUACGCUGCCAAUGUUUCUUCCACAAGUGCAGGAGGCAAAAGCACAGUGUCCCUUGCUCAAGUCGGUCGUCGUCGUGGGCGAGGCGCAACCGGGAUGUCACUCCUACUUCGAAAUGGCCAAGGUCAACUCGGAUGGGGUGGAGUUCUUAAAGGGGAGUAAAAUCGACACUGUGAAUCAUACAGCAAUCUUGCCUUGGUCGUCUGGCACUACGGGGCCACCGAAGGGCGUGAUGUUGACCCACUCCAAUAUCAACACGAACCUGUUGCAGGUCACUCAACCAGGCUACUUGGCCACCAAGCCCUUCACUGGGGGCAACGAGCAGGACAAAUUUAUUGGAAUCCUUCCGUUCUUUCACAUCUACGGAUUUCUCCUCGUCAUGGCCAAAACCUUGUACCAUGGUGCACACACGAUGACCUUGCCUAAGUUUGAACCAAAAUCUUUCAUAGACUCGGUCCGAAGUCACCAGCCCAACUUUCUUCACCUGGUUCCACCGUUGAUUUCAUUCAUGGCUAACUCUCCCGACGUGAAAACUGAAGACUUGAAGUCUAUCGCUUGCAUAAUGGGAGGUGCAGCUCCAAUUGGACCAGUCAUUAUCAACCGAGUUUUGGAAAAAGCAGGCAAACACUUUUUGUUCACCGAGGGCUACGGGAUGACGGAGCUCAGUCCAGUGUCACAUGUAUCUCCGGUGGCCACUAACAAUAAGAAAAUCGGAUCGUGCGGAGUUCCAGUUCCAGGUUCACUCUGUAAAGUAGUAGACGUCGAAACGGGGGAAGCGCUGGGACCCAAUCAACCUGGAGAAUUGUGCAUAAAAGGUCCACAGCUGAUGAAGGGAUACUACAAGAAUGAAAAGGCGACCAAUGAAACGAUUGAUGCCAAGGGUUGGCUCCACACGGGUGACAUCGGCUUGUACGACGAGGACAAGUACUUUUUCAUCGUGGACCGACUGAAGGAGCUGAUCAAAGUUCGAGGCUUCCAAGUGGCCCCCAGUGAGUUGGAAGACCUCUUAAGAAAGCAUCCCGAGGUGACGGACGUGGCUGUGAUAGGCGUCCCGGAUGAGCGUGCAGGCGAACUUCCUCGAGCCUACAUUGUUAGUAAAAGUUCAAAACCGUCCGAGGAGUCCAUCCACAAGUACUUGGAGACGAAGGUUUCGCCGAAUAAGAAGCUGAAGGGUGGCGUCGAGUUUGUCCAAGCCAUUCCCAAAGCGGCCAGUGGCAAGAUCUUGAGGAGGGAGCUCAAGAAAGACUACUUAUCCAAACAUGCCAAGUGAUAUCUACAAGAGAAACUUUAACACAAAUUUGGCUAUUCUUUCAUAAUUCUCUGACUUUUAUUUCCCAUAACUUUUAUUGUUUUUAUGAUCAUUCCUGGACAUUUCUUUUACUUGUUUUUAUUUUGUAUGAAUUUUACAGCCGCGUACUUAUUCAUCAGAAUGUGGGUUUAUAAAAUGGUGUAAAAAUUUUAUACCCAUAUUUAUUACUCGCCACUAUUUUCCUUUAACUAAUAAAGAAAAGUCAAUUAAA